AUGUACUACCGGCGUUGGAACCGGGGCAACUAUCAGGAACACUGCUCUGCAUGGCGUCGUAUCAGUGGAAGGGAUCGGAACGAGUAUGGAGGAGAGGCUAUCUGGGAGGUAGGAUGGAGACAGGCUCGAUUAGAGGCUUUCUGCCUCGUAAGAACGGUGAAGACGGAUACAGCGUUUGCGUGGUGCACUUCUUGCGCUGUGCAGCAGGUUUUGCUUCCCUCGAGCGAUCGCGACAUGGCGGAUGAUUCCGUGUUGCAUUAUAUUGACGAAAACGCCCAUCCAUUCUUCGGCAAAGCGUGCUGCACUUAA